AUGCGCUUUGGUCUGUCCGUCACCCAGAUCGUGGGCGCAAGCCUUAGUCUCGGCUUCGCCAAUGCGCUGGCGCCGCGCACUAAAAUCAACGAUGCUUACGACUUUGUGAUUGUCGGUGGAGGUCAGGCUGGUCUCGUGCUAGGCGCGCGUUUGUCAGCCGAGUCAAAUCACACCGUGCUGGUCCUGGAGUCUGGUGGUGAUGGUGAUGAAUACCGUGAGCGCAUCGACACCCCCGCCGACUCAUAUUUUGAUUCGCUGUGGACAACUCCUUUGAACUGGGAUUUCUACACCGUCAAGCAGCCAAAUGCCGACGACCGUGAGAUCGAGUGGCCGCGUGGCAAGGUGCUCGGAGGUAGCUCUGCUAUCAACGGGUUGUACAUGACUCGUCCAGGCAAGGACGAGAUCAAUGCCUGGCAGACUAUGCUCGGCGAUAUGGAUGGCGCCGACAACUGGUCCUGGGACUCUUUCUACGCCGCUCUGAAGAAGAGCGAGACAUUCACACCUCCCAGUGACGAAAUUGCUAAGCAGGGUGGUAUUACUUGGGACUCAUCAACCCACGGUACCGACGGCCCUAUUCACGCCUCGUAUCCUGACUACACAUUCGAUCAAGUCGGCGAUUGGUCAACAUCCCUGCAAAGCAUCGGUGUCGACGUUUCCGACAAAAUGUAUGGCGGUGACGUCUGGGGUGCGGAGGUUUCAACCUCUUGCAUCAACCCUUCCAACUGGACACGCUCUUACAGUCGAACUGGUUAUCUUGAUCCACUUCCUGACCGUACCAACUAUGAUGUCAUGGCCAAUGCUCAUGUUACUCGGUUGGUUUUUGACAACUCGACCACAACCAACCUGACAGCUAGCGGUGUUGAGUACACUUCCGACAAUGGAACGACAAAGUCCACUGUCAGGGUGAACAAGGAAGUGAUCAUUGCCAGUGGAAGUGUUGGUAGCCCUGCUGUCUUGCUUUACAGUGGUGUCGGCCCGAAGGACGUCCUCUCUGACGCCGGCGUUGACCUUGUCUCCGAGCUUCCUGGUGUCGGACAGCACCUCCAAGAUCACAUUAGUGCAACUGUGAAAUGGAACACUAGUGUGGACACCGCAGGAUCUAUCUGGUACCAGAAUGGUGCCGAUAAGACCAAAACAAACUACCUUUCAUACAUUGAUGAUGCCAUCGCGUAUGUGAACUCCACCGGCCUUUUCGGAAGCAAGGUCGAUGAGUAUAGCAAGAAGUUCCUUGAAAACAUGGACAAAUACACACCGAACACGACGACCGACGACGGCGUCAUCGCUGGAUACAAGGCGAUCUACAACACAACUGGCUCCGCAAUCUUCACCAGCCCCAUGGGUCAAGUUGAGCUCCUGUUCAUGAACAGUGACGCGAAUGGCGACGUUGGAAUCAGCGCAGCUCUUCAACACCCCUACAGUCACGGUCGCGUCUAUAUCAACUCUUCAAACCCAAUGGACUACCCCGUCAUCGACCCCAACUACUUUGCCAACCCCUCAGAUAUCGAAAUCCUCCUCGAGGGUAUUAAGAUGGCUCGCAAGAUCGGUGAAACCUCUCCCAUGAAGGACACACUCACCGCAGAGAUCGCACCAGGCUCAACUGUUCAAACCGACGACGAAUGGACCCAAUGGUUGCGCGAACAAUCCAGCACAGAGUUCCACCCCUCCUCAUCUUGCGCAAUGCUUCCUCAAGACCAGGGUGGCGUUGUUGACGCCAACCUCCGCGUCUACGGUCUUGCAAACGUCCGCGUCGCCGACGCUAGUAUUGUUCCCAUUGCCCUCUCAUCGCACCUGAUGGCCUCGACUUACGGUGUUGCCGAACAGGCGAGCAAGAUCAUUCUCGAAUAUUACAACCCCUCUUCAAAGACGGACCCUGCCUUCGGUGAUUCAAAUGUGACUGUGACCUCCAGUACUUCGGCCACUGCGAAGAGUAGCAAGAAGAACAACGCCGCCACGGCCGUUGGAGGGUUGUCGAGUUUGUGGAUUUCAUGUGCGCUUGUGUCUUUCCAUCUUGGCGUCAUCUUUAAUUUGUUGGCCUAG